AUGGCUGCUAAUAGUUGUGCAUUACUUCAAGUGACCAAAUGCUCUUUGCAGAGGCCUUCCCUUCCAGCCAAUCUUAAGCACUCGAGGAACCCAUUAUCCUCUAGUUUAAAGCCAUUGUUGAGGGACUUGGACCAGUUUCCAAAUAUUUCAGUGGACAUUCCAAAAGCUAUAAAGGAGACUUCGUUCAAAUUAUUGGACGGUUUGGUUGACUUCAUGUAUGAAUUCGUUGACCAACCAUUGCUCCCAUCUCAGAGUAAUUUUGCCCCAGUGGAAGAGAUUGGAGAAGCUACAACAGUAAGAAUAGUUGAAGGAAAAAUUCCGGAUGAUUUUCCAGAGGGCGUUUACAUAAGAAACGGGCCAAACCCACUGUUUGGAGGAUUGAAAUCGACAAGAUGUGUAUUUGGGGAAUCUAGCCACAUGUGGGUUGAGGGAGAGGGAAUGCUCCAUGCCCUACAUUUGAAGAAAGAUAGAAGAAAUAGUGGCAGCUGGAAUAUGUUGUACAAGAACAAACAUGUCCAGACAGAUACUUACAAUAUGGAAAAAGAUAGAAAUAAACCCGGUUUUCUCCCUGCUAUUCAAGGCGAUUCUCCUGCUGUACUGUUCGCUUACCUUCUAAAUGUGUUGAGAUUUGGCGUGAUAAACAAAUACCUGAGCAAUACUAAUGUGUUUGAACAUGCAAACAAAUACUACUCAAUUGCUGAGGACCAUAUGCCUCAAGAGAUCGACAUAAAUUCCCUACAAACUCUGGGGAAUUGGAAUGCUGCUAGUGGAUCUUGGAAUAGACCCUUUACAAGCCACCCAAAGAAAGCACCUGGCACCGGAGAACUAGUUAUAAUUGGUAUUGAUGCAAAAAAGCCUUAUUUUGAACUUGGUGUUAUUUCAGCCGAUGGAAAGAGAAUGAUUCACAAAGCGGAUCUCAAGUUUGACAGGUGUACUGUUUGCCAUGAAAUAGGAGUUACACAAAGAUACAAUGUGAUCAUGAAUUUCCCGCUAACUAUUGACAUAAGUCGGGUUGUUCUCGGGGACCAGUUAAUGAAGUUUGAAAAAGAUGGAUAUGCAAGAAUUGGCAUAAUGCCACGGUAUGGUGAUGCCAAUUCCAUCAAAUGGUUUGAGGUCGACCCUUGUUGUGUAUUUCACGUCAUUAACUCCUUUGAAGAUAAUGAUGAGGUGGUGGUGAGAGCAUGUAGAGCUCGUCAAUCGGUUAUACCAGGACCUAGAUCUAGCGUCAACCACUUUGGGAAGUUCUUCAAAUGGUUUAAAAAGGAAACAAGUUUCACAAAUGACGAUAAUGAAUUCACAAAAGAAUCAACUUUUCCUCGUGUUUGUGAAUGGAGAUUGAACAUGAAAACAGGAGAGGUUAGAGAGAAGAAAAAUCUCUCUGGAGAUGAGUUUGCAAUGGAAUUCCCUAUCAUCAAUGAAAAGUUCAUUGGAUCUAGAAAUAAAUUUGCCUAUCUACAAGUUGUUGAGUUGGCAGAGGUGUCUGGCUCAGGAUAUACGAGAUUUGGAGGGCUAGCCAAGCUUCAUUUUGAAGAAAAGAAAAUCUUUACGGAUGAAGAAGAUGAAUUGAUUAAAGCUGAAUAUCACAUGUUCCCAAAGAAUACAUUUUGUUCUGGAGCUUCCUUUGUUCAAAAACCUGGAGGCAUCGAUGAAGACGAUGGUUGGAUCAUCACAUUUACGCAUAACGAAAAUGAAAAUAUUUCUCAAGUUUGUAUAAUUGAUGCAAAAAAAUUUACAGAAGAGCCAAUUGCUAUUAUCACUUUACCUAGUAGGGUGCCAUAUGGAUUUCAUGGAGCUUUCAUGCCAUUAGCGUCUUAGUAUGUGCAAACACACAAAAGCAAUGAAUAUAAGAACCAUUAUUAAAUGUACGGAAAAAAAUGCUCACAAUAAUAAAUUAUGUGAAAGUCCACAUAGAUUUUUAAUUUGUUCAUAGGCUCAUAGCCAUGACGAAUCUUUCUGUAGGUAGAUGCUAAGAUUGUAAGUUAUAGUAAAAAUUUUUACUACUUCUUUAUAUGAUGUAAUAUAAUUAUACUUCUAACCACAUUGUAACUGAAAAGCCUUUAGUGAU